AUGUUUUGCGAAGAGCUCAAGAAGGAAGUUAGUCGGGCAGAUAUGGAGGGUAGAAUGGACAAAACCGGGGGAGUGACUAACUUGAUGGUCGAGAACAACGAAACGAGUAUCAUAAUUGAAGAGGAUCACGACGUCAGAAUGAAUACACCGGAAAGAGAGGACCCUAUAUUUAAGUUAUCGAAUAUAAAUUAUGGGAUACAUCACGAAGAAGAAGAAGAAGCAUGGCCUACGCUGAGCACACCAAAACGUCCCGAAACAUUGACUCAACUACCCGAGGAGGAGGAAGAAAGAAAUCUACUCCACUGUUCAGAUGACGAUCAAGAUGAUGAAGAUGAUGACAGUGGGUACUGGACAGGUCGAAAAAGAACCAGAAUCAGCGUUAAUAAAUAUAAAUCCCGAAAACCUACUUUACAUUCUCCCGAAGGUGACCACCUUGCCUUUGACCGGAUCUCUCCAAAUAGCAAGUACUACAAGACACCAUUUGUUCCAAGCGAAAAACCCGUGAACAGAGUACUUUUCCCAAGCGCUGCCAGGAGAAAGAAGAAUAUAGUAGAAAAUCAAGAGCAGGAGAAAAUACAGCCGGAAGAAAAUGACGGUGUUGACAACGACACCACGGAACCAGAACCACAAGAACCAGAGUCCGAAAACAUCUACGAUCCACUUACACCAUAUCGCCAUACGUGGACUGAUUCAAACCUCGUGGUCCUAUACGUCCUACGCCGGUGGUAG